AUAUGAGAACAAUGUAGCUAGUUUGUCGUCUUCUCUUCCAUUAUAUGAACAUGAUUUUAACAUAAAAUAUGUAAUUCAUACUCAUACUUAUGGGCAUUUAUAAAUAUGUAACAUUUACAUUGUAGGGGGGUAUAACCAUUAGUAAUUAUUUACCAGAAUGAAGCACAAAGCAAAAGAAUAAUAAAACUAGGAGAAAAUGUGGUGGUUUUAGAUGUUACAUAUAAAGGUUUUUCCUGGGCAUGAAAUACCAUUUCCUUAGUGGGUAUGCCAAUAGCAGAGUAGAGGACUUAAUAAUCUUACUCCAUGUAAAUGUAACUAUGUUUUAUGACAAUCUAGAUGAACUCGCAAAGAUUAGUCGCUUGAAAAAUAUGGGAGGACAAAGGGAAGACAAAAGUAAAUUGACAGCAGAGAAUAUGCUCAAGGCAGAACUUGAACAAAUGGUGCAAUGGACUUCAUCCACAGAAUGCACUGUUCCAUCACAGACAGCAUUUGGGACGAUUUAUAAUGUAGACAUUGUCAAUGUAGUGUGCAAUUGUCCAGCUGCAACAACAAGAGGGAUGUGUAAGCAUGUUCAUUUAGCAGAAUUUAUUGCGUCUAAAAGGAACAUCGACCUCACUGUAGGGCGCAGAUCUAGAGGUUUUGUCCAGAUUGGGAAAUGUAUCAGUUGUUUAUUUGACCUCAUUUAAAUGUACAUGUUUUGCCAAUAGCCAUGGUAUACAUUGUAUUUGUGUGAUGGUAGCAAAAAAUGGUAUUUUCAUCACCUGACAUAGAGUCUACCCCAAUUGAUGAAACAAGACAACAAUUAAAGGAAGACAAAGAAACAACCGAACAGGCUAUUAAAAGAAAAAUUUAGGGAAUAUAUAUGUAAACAAUGAUAACUUCCUGACAAUCGACGUGAAAAAAAGACUAUUUUACAAGCAAUCACAACGGCAUUACAUAUUUGUAAGACAACCAACUUUUCCAAAACAACAAGAAAGCGAAAGCAACAUCCGCUGUUUCCAAGCAGAAAAUCCAAAAGUUCAAAAACUGAUCAUGACUCUUCAGUAAGCCGAAAGUGUGUUGUAAAAAACAGGGGCGAAAAGUUAAUGAUGAUGGCAGUUUCAAAUCGACCCACAGAAAGAAAGAAUCCAUUCGUAAACUAUU